AUGGACUGCCUGGUGGAGGGCGUGCCCACCUAUGGCAUCUCUUUGCCCGGCGGCGCUUGCGGUAUUGGUGACCACUUCCUGGAGAGCUUUGAACGAGGCGAGGAGCGUGCAGCCCCGGCGCCGCCGUUGGCCAGCAGCUUCACUCGAGAAGGUCUGCUCCCAACGGACGGAGCAGCUGCCAAGUGUAU